GCCUGCGCGCUCAGGUGGGGGGACCGGAACCAUGAGCUCCUACCUCCCUCGGUGCAGCGGCGGCAGCGGCGGCGGCGACGUGCUUAGCUUCGCGCCCAAGUUCUGCCGCGCCGACGCCCGUCCCGUGGCCCUGCAGCCCGCCUUCCCCCUGGGCAGUAGCGACGGCACCUUCGUCAGCUGCCUGCCCCUAGCCACGGCCCGACCUGCGCCUUUGCCCCCGGCUGCGCCCGCGCAGCCUGCGGUGCCGCCUGCGUCCGCGCCCCCCUAUGGGCCGUGCACCCUGGAGGGUGCCUACCAGCCCGACGCCGCACCUGCCGCAGCGGGCGUCGCAGAUUACAGCUUCCUGGGGCCCGGGCCCGCGUACGACUUACCGGGCUCACUCGGGAGGCCGGCCGACGACGGCGGGGCUCACGUCCACUACGCCGCCUCGGCUGUCUUCUCGGGCGGCGGCUCCUUUCUCCCCAGCGGCCAGGUGGAUCACACAGCCUUCGGCGAGCCCGGCCCCUUCCCGGCGUGUCUUAAAGAGCCAGCCGAUGGCCACUCUGGGGCCUUCCAGACCGCGUCCCCGGCCCUCGGCGCCUACCCCAAGUCCGUCUCUCCGGCCUCUGCCCUCCCUGCCGCCUUCAGCACCUUUGAGUGGAUGAAAGUGAAGAGGAACACCCCAAAGAGAAGCAAACUAUCCGAGUUUGGAGCCGCUAGCCCCUCCAGCGCCAUCCGAACGAAUUUCAGCACCAAGCAACUGACAGAACUGGAAAAGGAGUUUCAUUUCAAUAAGUACUUAACUCGAGCCCGACGCGUCGAGAUAGCCAACUCUUUGCAACUGAAUGACACCCAAGUCAAAAUCUGGUUUCAGAACCGCAGGAUGAAACAGAAGAAAAGAGAACGAGAAGGGCUUCUGCCCUCAGCUACUCCUGUGGCUUCCCUCCAACUUCCCCUCUCAGGAACAAGCCCCACUAAGUCUGGCAAGAACCCGGAGAGCCCUUCUCAGGCCCAAGAGCCCUCAUGAGGUUUAGUCUGGAGGAAACUUGGCCUGCAGAAGUCAUAGGCCACCACCUCUGUCUAGUUUUACUAGUGCAGUUUGGGAUGGAGAUGGGCAUGAGCAGAAAGGAAUAGAAGUUUCAUUUGGGAAAGGAAAUAUUUUAGUCGACUUCUGAGUUCCAGGCUGUGGUUGUACAGAUAUUAAUUUGAGGUCUGUUAAGCCAUUCAUUUGUGUAUUUGUGUCUUAUCAGGGAAAGGUGCCCAACCACCAGCCCUGCCCUGCUGCUAUGUUGCCUAACUUAGUCAUAUGCAAUUCUUGGGUGCAGAGUGGCAGAGCAUGAGUUGCUGAGCUGUGCCAACCAUCUGAUGUGCUAAGAAGAACAUCUACUCAUUUCUGUCUUUAAUCUAAAGGACAAGGCUCCAUUUAUUCAGCUUCAUGAGAUGACCAAAGCUAGUCAAGGCCUCCCUGAUGUAGCUAAGCUGCUGCAAUGAUGAUACUCACAUUUGCACUUCAGUUUCUUUUUUUUUCACUAAAAAGCAGUUUCUACCUCUUCAUGUGCCUGAGUGAAGAUACAAUCACUGUUUAGUUAGUAGCUGAACAAAUCCACAGAGUGGGUUAAGACUAGAGCCUGAGUUACACCUUGAUACCAGUUACUUAAACUUGAAUGUAAAUAUAUACAGUAUGUAUAUUUUUAAAAAUGUUUGCUUGCAAUGAACUUAUAUAUGACAUUUAAUGUCAGCAUGUAAAG